AUGGUGUCAAGCAAGGACAUGCGACGACCGGACCUGAGUAUGCUACCCCUUCCCUACGCCGCGCGCCUGAAUCCCGCGUCCGAAACCGCCAAUGGGCACUCCCGUUGGGCGGGCGCAAACGAACGAUCCGUUGCUAACGUGGCGAAUUCCGCAAUAGUCGUCCCCUAUCAGGAGCCCGCCGCCUCGAGCGACAAGGCCGACUUUUCGUCUACAAUCUCCUCCACGCUGCCCAUGGCCGCCAUGUUUACACGCAACAGAUACAUCGGAUGGGCGGCUGUCGUCUUCACCAUCCAGAAUUGGCUGGGUGAGAGUGAGGAGACGACCAAGAAUUCGAGUACGCCUGGCGUCUUCUCCGUCCUCAUGUCCGUCAUGGCCCUGGGCGUCACCUACAUGCCGCUCUUCCUUCCGCCAAGCCGCAACGCCGCUGGCGGAUCUAGUACCGAAGCUCCUGCGCCCAUUCCGGCCUCAUAA